AAUAUUUUUUUUUUACAGAUGAUGUUCAAAACAAUAAAAGAAAUGAAAAGAAAAGGUCGGAAUUAAGAAGACAAGGAUUUCGAUAUCAAGUCCAGAAUGAACCCAAUCACAGAAGCCCACCUUGUCCUUGUGCUAUUGGUCAGGUAGGCUCAUUGUCACCCCUCAUGAACCACCAAGAAAAUCUCAACUUCACAAAUCAAAUUAAAAAAAAAAAAACACUCAAACUUCAGUGUCCCAAAAUUCACCAGAGAUUUCUGCUACAAGAAUCACCCGCUCUUCAUGAAACUCGCGAGACACAUUUCGCGCCGUUUCACUUGCUUCUCAACGCCGCUAAAACCAGAGCGAGUAACCAAGAAUCCGCUGUCAAUCAACGCCGCCAAAGAGCUUCACGCACACCUCAUCAGGACCCAACGCCACGAAGACCCAUUUUCGAUAUCUCCCGUGAUCAGAGCUUACUCUCUUGCUCCCUCUCAUUUGCACAAAGCCCAUCAUGUUUUCUAUCAAACUAAAGAACCCACAAUGUUUAAUUUUAAUCACAUGAUCCGUGGUUUUUCCCAAAGUAACGUACCCAAUGAAGCUAUUAAAAUGUACAACCAAAUGUACUAUUUACAAGGUUUUCCUGGUGAUAUUAUGACUUUUAUUUUCGUUUUCAAGGCCUGUGCUCGAGUUUCGGAUGUUGCAAACGGUCAAAAGUUUCAUGUUCAUGCUGUUAAACUGGGGUUUGAUUCCUAUCUAUUCGUUGCAAAUGCGCUGAUUCACAUGUAUUCUUGUUGUGGCGAUCUGGGUUUUGCAAGGAAAGUAUUUGAUACAAUGGAGGAAAGAGAUAUAGUUUCUUGGAAUUCUUUGAUUUGUGGAUAUAGUCAAUGCAAAAAGUUCAAGGAAUUAUUGGGUUCGUUUAGGGCAAUGCAAGAAGCUAAUGUGAAAGCUGAUGCUGUGACAAUGGUGAAAGUUAUUUUAGCUUGUUGUUAUACAGAUAACAUGAAUUUGGCAGAUUCUAUGGUUAAAUAUAUUGAGGAAAAUUGUGUUCAUAUUGAUGUUUAUCUGGGGAACACUUUGAUAGAUAUGUAUGGAAAGCGUGGUUUAGUUAAUUUAGCGCGGGAAUUAUUUGAUAGGAUGCUUGAAAGAAAUGUAGUGUCCUGGAAUGCAUUGAUCAAGGGUUAUAUGAAAGUAGGGGAUUUUAUUGAAGCAAGGAAGGUUUUUGACAACAUGAAGCAAAGGGAUGUGAUUUCUUGGACUUCCAUGAUUACAGGUUACUCUCAAGCUAACCAAUUUACAGGUGCAUUGAAUCUUUUUCAAGAUAUGAUGGCUGCUAAGGUUGUACCGGAUGAGAUUACAGUGGCUAGUGUGCUUUCUGCUUGUGCCAAUUUGGGUGCUCUUGAUGUUGGACUGGCAAUUCAUGACUAUAUCUGCAAGCAUGGAAUAAGAGCAGAUGUUUAUGUUGGAAACUCUUUGAUAGAUAUGUAUUGCAAAUGUGGUGUUGUUGAUAAGGCUUUGGAAGUGUUCCAUGAUAUGAAAGAGAAAGACUCCGUUUCAUGGACUUCAGUCAUCUCAGGACUUGCUGUUAAUGGUUUUGCUGAUUCUGCGCUUGAAUUUUUCUCUCAGAUGUUGAAAGAAGGUGUUCGGCCAACUCAUGGGUGCUUUCUUGCGAUUUUGCUUGCAUGCACUCAUGCUGGAUUGGUAGAUAAAGGAUUGCAAUGUUUUGAAACUAUGGAAAAAGUUCAUGGACUAACCCCUGAAAUGAAGCAUUAUGGCUGUGUUGUGGAUCUUUUAGGUCGUUAUGGCUAUCUAGAGAGGGCCUAUCAAUUCAUAAGAACAAUGCCUAUACAUCCGGAUGUUGUAGUGUGGAGGAUAUUGUUGAGUGCUUGUAAGCUUCAUGGGAAUGUGGUCUUAGCUGAGAUUGUCACAAACAAGCUUCUUGAACUGGAUCCCUCUAACAGUGGAAAUUAUGUUCUCUUGUCAAAUACUUAUGCAAGCUCAGAUAGAUGGGAUGAUGCUACAAAAAUGAGAGAACUGAUGGAGGGGAACAAUGUGCAGAAACCAUCUGGCUGGAGCUCCAUUGAAGCAAAAAGGAUGACAUCAAGUAUCUCCGGGGAGCUUCACUUUCCCAAUUUUAAAGGAGUAAUUCCCUGAAAAUAAUCCUGGUACUGAUGGACUUCAUUUCAUCAGUGCAUGGGCAGUUAUAGUGAAAUUGGAUUGAUACAAGCAGUAGUCCUGAAAAGGCAAUGGACAUUAACAUACUAUCACCUGAGUGGUAAUAUUGCACCAAGAUGACCUCAUCGUAAUUUCGAUUCAAACGUUAGCUGUGAUGGGUUUGCAUAUCACCUUAAAGAAGCAAAAGACGAUUACUUUGAGGUAGGCUUGUAUACAUCCUAUUGUAAUGCAGCUGGCACAGGUUUUCGAAACAUUGAUCUCUUGAAACAAAUUAUCAUCGAUUCAUUUCCCUGCAAUUCUUUGAAGGAUGAGAACCUGGUCUCUGGGAGGGUACAGGAAAUUUUUCCUGGUAAACUAGUGAACACAGUCAGAACACCUACUAUUAAUUGUUCCUUACCGGCCGGAGAGAAGGUAUGCUGUCAAGGUUUCGCCCAAAGACCAAUUUUUUUAUUUUUCCACAUUCUAUUAUGGUCUGAUAUAUGGUCUUAGAGACCAUAAAAUGUAGUUUUUGGUUUAAGUUUUUCCAAGCACCAGUCGGGCAGAUUAAUAUAGUUAAGCUUCUAUUA